AUCUAACAUUAAUCUACAUUAUAUUACGCAAUGAACCUAUGCGCAAUACGCGUAAUCUGUUAAUAUGCAAUAUAGCAGUCGGUGACUUACUGUUGAUUAUUUCUUAUCCUACGUACACACUGCCGUACAUUUUCUCUCAGUUGUCUGUAACAUGGACCGAUUUUUUGUGCAAAUUUUUCCGAGGGUUUCUAUUACUAUCGCAGGGCAUUUCUGUUCUCAGCCUUGCAUGGCUUAGCAUUGAACGAUACCAGGCAUUCUCACCAACUGAACGGGGUUUUGUGUCACGUUAUAUAUCGUAUAUAACUUUCAGCAUCUGGAUUGUCGCAACUCUGUUCACAUUGCCCCACAUCAUUAGCUCUCACGCAGAAGGCGAGGGAGACUUCAGUUACUGCGAAGGAUUUGGUAAACUCGAGUUAUCCGGACAAAUUUACAGUAUCUUUCAAUUUUCCGCCCUCUAUAUGAUUCCACUAUUAAUCAUAACAGUGCAUUAUUGUCUUAUUAUAAGUAUCUUAUUUAAGAGUAUGCAAUUGAUGCCAGUUCAAACAUCUAAUCGUGAUGACCAAAUUCGGCGUCGUAAGCGAUCUUCAUUGGUUCUGCUACUAAUCACAAUUAUGUUUUCUAUUUGCUGGCUGCCUUACUUUAUUCAUACAAUUUUGACAGAAUUCAACAGAGAAGUAUUAAACGAAAUGUGGUUAUUCAGAUUUAAACAAAUCUCUGAGCUGAUGAUUUACAUUAGUACUUGUAUCAAUCCAGUUACAUUAUUUAUGAUCAGUAAACGCCAUCGACGUUACUUCAAAAAGUAUCUCUGCUGUAGCAGUGAACGUUCGCGCCAAUUUAGAAGCGAAUUGUUGUCAAACGCACGAUUGUUUUUCUAUACGCGUCAGACACCAACAUCAGAGGUGCUUAUGCGCACAAAUGAUUGUGCAACUCAUCUGGAAUACGCAACGUUGAAAAAGGAGGAUGUUCUCUAAAAAGAUGCGACUUUAUUGUCGUUAAAAAAGAAUGGAAUUACAGAUAGAUAGGCUUAAUGACAGUGUUAUUGAUGUAAUUCGUAUAUUAGAAAAAUCCCGGUUCGCACUAUUAUUAUUAUCAUCAUCAGCAGCAUAUACAUCAUCACCACUAUACUCAUUAUUAUUAUUAUUAUUAUUAU